AUGCCCAAUUUCAUCAUGCACAACUUAACUAUUCGUAACUACACCAAUCGUAACUCCCCACCGUUAAGCGAUACCAACUCCAUCAGCGAAGAUGCCGAUGGUGAAGAAAGUUAUACCACCAAAAAUAGCACAACACCCCAUGACAAUUCCCCCAAAAUCGUAGACUUCUGGGUCUUUGUCUCCAAAUAUCUAAACAUCAAAGACGUUCAAUCUCUCACCUUGACAAACAAAACAAAUUACUCCAUCCUAUCAGAUGACUACAUCUGGAAAGACCUUUACAUGGAAAACUUUUUCAAUUUGACUCAACAUGAUAUUCUUUUGGAUCAACCAAAAGUUUACAAGAAAUUCUUCCUCCGUUUCAAAUUCAAUCUACACGUUUUAAACUCAAUCAUAGAUCAAUUAAACACCACAAACGAUAUCUUACAAUCUAUUCGACGUCUAUUCGAUUCCUACCCGAAUGACGUCAUCGUCCCAGUACUCUAUUACAUCACGUCCCCCAAUUCCCAUUACAAAUCCUUUAGAUUGAAAUCUUCGGCCAAAUUGAUGUUACAUAUUUCUCGUUACAAACAUUUCUUCCAAUUAUUAUCUAAUUAUAACAAUUCAAACGAUAUAAUCACUGAAAGACAAUGUUUCCAAUUCGCUUCCAUAGAUCCAUUAUACGAACAAGCAUUGACCGCCAGGUCCUCAUUCGUCCACCAAUGGGUUCAAUUCAUCGACAAGACCAAUCUGAUAGAUGAAGAGGUAGAUAUCUUCCAUCAUUUCACCAGUUUAUUCGAAUAUUUGAUCCAUUUUUGGAAAUACAUUUCUCCUUUGAAAUUCAAAUACAAGACUCAAUCCAUUGAAAAAAGAGAAAAUACUCAUAUCAAUUCGCUAAUUACUACAAUCUUUGCUCAAACUUAUUCUUAUCCUUCACUUCCUCAUUUCAUCAUUUUCAAUACUUUAUUACAACAUGUCGUCAAAGAUCCAACAAAAGUUUAUCCUAUAAUAAACGCUCAUCAUUAUAACGAUCGUUAUCAAUUCGGUCUCAUGUGUGAACCCAUCGAUAUGGUCUUGUGUUGUACUGCUAAUGGAUUAUCAUUUUUACCAGCGUAUGGUGAACCAAAACCUGUCACUGUUAAAGAUUACAUCGAUUUCGUCACCGAUGAUAUGAUGAGUAUAUCGGAUUAUAGAGCCAUUACCAAUUUGGAUGAAUCUCAAUACAAUUCAAUGCCCUAUUCAUAUUCUCAAUAUUCUACAUUCGCAAAUAUCAACAUUUUUUUACAAAGCAAUUCUUAUUGGCAAAAAUUAAAUACAUUCCAAAAAUUGGGGAGAUUUCCCUAUCAUUUCUUGCCAAGAGCCUCCACGGGACUUCCAGCAAUUAACGAAAUCAUUUCAAAUAAAGAGUUCCCUGAAAUGUUUGUCUUCCCCAUUUGGUUCAAUGUAAUACCGUAUGAUAGAGGUAUUACCGUCUUACCUUUCCAAUCUCCACCAAUGGGUAAAUUUAUCAAGACUCAUAGACAUUUAUUAGCCGUUACACUUCUACAAUAUUAUUAUCCAUAUUCCACAAAUCAAGAUUCCUCUUAUCAAACAAUCGUAUUAGAUGCUCAAGGAAAUUUCGAUAUUUUAAAUUCAAAUCAAUAUAAUGAAAAUUAUUUAACUGAUUCAGAAAUUAAUCAAUUUUUAAAUAUUUCUUCAAAUUAUAAUUUAGUCAUUUUUUUCGAUUCAUUUGAUUUCAAUUUGAAAAAAUUUAUUCCAUCAAAAACUUUAUUAUAUUUUAUUAAAAAUUUUAAAGAAAUUUCCAAUAUGAUGUGUACAAUUUUACAACAUCGAUAUUCGAUUACCAAUUAA